CGGGCACGGCGGCCGCGAGAGCCGGCGCGGGGCGGCAGCGAGCGCGUCCCGAGCAGUCUCAGCCCCGAAAACGCCUCCCUGCGGCCCUUGCGGAGGUAGCGGCCGUGUAAAAAGUGUGUGGAGGAAUAAGUCUGAAUUGCCCAGAGGAAUAAGUAACCGGAGCUUUCUUAAAUCGGAGCUGGAAAGGCUCUGGGCAAGUGUCUGACCCGCUCCAUUCGGCAAAGGACUAACUUAGUUCUUUGCCAGGUUCACCCCUGUGUACUCUGCAGCCCUGUUUUCAGCCAAUUACUUCUAUAAUUAGUUCUCUCUUAGUGUCGACAGAAUUGCAGCAAAACUGAAUACUGUUUAACAGGACGGUGCAAUUUCUGCUAGAUUAUUAGCAGCGAUCUCACUGUUUGUUUAAAAAUAAAGCAUUUUCCCCAUCUUGAAAAGAGCUCUAAAAGGAUCCCGUUGAAAUAGUUGUUUGUCCUGCCAUCUUCAGUGCUGGACUGAUACAUUUUCCUGGGCCAGCAGAACCAGAUAGCCCGUAAAUACAUACAAUAUUGCUUUCCCGGUUUUGUUUCCUUUUGUAUAUUUCAAGUAUUUACAGACUUACUAUCUGGCUAUCUUAAAGUUUUGUUAUAUAGGACUAAGAAGAAUUUUGGCUGUCCUUUUUUUUGCCUUUAUUUAUUUUUUUUUUAAUUUUUCUGUGUAGCCAGAAACACUUUAGUGGAGGUGCCAGGAACGGAGAGGUAUUUGUAGGGAGCCAGGUGUUCCCAUACCAUGUGAAACAUACAGCACCAAGAAUUGCAAACCUACCAUCAUUCCUGUCAUCUGCUUCUGCUUUAUAUAUGGUUUAGGAUAAAUUAGAAUUUAGGGAAGAAAUUCCCAGGAGAUCUGUGCCAGGCAGCACAGGAUUUGUUCCAAACCAAGUAUUAAAUUUCCCUCCUCUCUGCUGUAUUUCCUGCUUUGGCACUAUGUUUUAACAAUGUAUUUUAUCUAAUUUUAAAUAAUUGAAAAUGCUCUCUUUUAACACUCAAAAUAAUUUUUGGAAUAGAUAUUAUCACAUCUUGAAAUGUUAUUAUCUUCCCAUCUUUCAGGCUGAAGGUGGCCCAUUCUGAGAUUAAUUUAAUAAUCAUUUGCUUAGAAAACUACCUGCAUUGUUCAUGGAGUUUUUCAUCAGUAUGUCUGAAACCAUUAAGUAUAAUGACGACGAUCACAAAACUGUGUUCCUGAAAACACUGAAUGAACAACGUUUGGAAGGAGAAUUUUGUGACAUCGCUAUUGUGGUUGAAGAUGUUAAGUUCAGAGCCCACAGGUGUGUGCUUGCUGCCUGCAGUACCUACUUCAAAAAGCUUUUCAAGAAACUUGAAGUUGAUAGCUCAUCAGUAAUAGAAAUAGAUUUUCUUCGUUCUGAUAUUUUUGAGGAAGUUCUCAAUUAUAUGUAUACUGCAAAGAUUUCUGUUAAAAAGGAGGAUGUAAACUUGAUGAUGUCUUCAGGACAGAUCCUUGGUAUUCGGUUUCUUGAUAAACUCUGCUCUCAAAAACGUGAUGUAUCUAGUCCUGAGGAAAACACACAGUCCAAGAGCAAGUACUGUCUAAAAAUGAACCGUUCUAUGGGGGAACCCAAUGAUACCCAAGAUGAUGAGGUGGAAGAGAUCGGAGAUCAUGAUGACAGUCCAUCAGAUGUGACAGUGGAAGGUACUCCCCCAAGUCAGGAAGAUGGUAAAUCACCAACCACUACCCUGAGAGUGCAAGAGGCAAUUCUGAAAGAGUUGGGAAGUGAAGAAGUUAGAAAAGUAAACUGUUAUGGCCAAGAAGUAGAGCCUAUGGAAACAACGGAAUCUAAAGACUUAGGAUCUCAGACGCCUCAGGCACUCACAUUUAAUGAUGGCAUAAAUGAAGUGAAAGAUGAACAGACGCCAGGAUGGACCACAGCAGCCGGGGACAUGAAGUUUGAGUACUUGCUUUAUGGUCACAGGGAACACAUUGUAUGUCAGGCUUGUGGCAAGACCUUUUCUGAUGAAGCGCGUUUGAGAAAACAUGAAAAACUACACACUGCAGACAGACCAUUUGUUUGUGAAAUGUGUACAAAGGGCUUUACCACGCAAGCUCAUUUGAAAGAACACUUGAAAAUACACACGGGUUACAAGCCUUACAGUUGUGAGGUGUGUGGGAAGUCUUUUAUUCGGGCACCAGAUCUAAAAAAACAUGAAAGAGUUCACAGUAAUGAGAGGCCAUUUGCAUGCCAUAUGUGUGAUAAAGCUUUCAAGCACAAGUCCCACCUCAAAGACCAUGAAAGAAGGCACCGAGGAGAGAAACCUUUUGUCUGCAGUUCCUGCACUAAAGCAUUUGCUAAGGCAUCUGACCUAAAAAGGCAUGAGAACAAUAUGCACAGUGAAAGAAAGCAAGUUACAGCAGCCAAUUCCAUCCAGAGUGAAACAGAACAGUUGCAGGCAGCAGCCAUGGCUGCUGAAGCAGAGCAGCAGUUAGAAACUAUAGCCUGUAGUUAAAAACUAAAGCAGGAAUUUUAUCAGAAUAAUAUAAGAAAUUAAAUGAGCAAAACCUGUUGUUGAUAUACAUUUAGACUGAGAAUCUUUUAAAGAAAGCAUAUUUUUAGAGGAUUUGAAUGUUACAUAGGGAUAAAUACAUAGCUUCGCUUGGUUAGGUAUUUUAAAACAUUUCAGAGAUGGGUAUUCUUAGAAUGUGAAACAGUUUCAUUGUCACUAGCAGUAUAAUGCACUAAUAACUGCUUUAAUUCGAGAAUGUGAUCAAGUUUUCUGCGCCUGGCUCUCAGCAGCCACGGGGUGGAGGUUCACUGUCCCACAAGUGGCCGGAGGGCAGACACUUGUGUGGCUGUCCCCGAGUCUCUGCCGAAACUGUUGCGGGUGGUGGUGAUUGCUGCGGCGUGGGGAGCACAGUAGAAGCACAGAGCACGAGGAAACCGAGGCAAAGGAAUAAGGGAAGAACACUUGUCUGAAUCUCCAAAUCUUUAAUGACGAAGUUGGGGCAGAACAAGUGAGCUGAAUCUGAAUCUGAACAGGCUACUUUUAUAGGGUAGAGGGAACAUGGGGAGGGCACAACCUGUGACCAAUAGGAGGGCAUUAGGGGAGGGGUGCAGGGUAAGGGCUCCCCACUAGAAGCCAACAUGGGGACGGAGCAAACUUUACAACCCAAUUCUGCUUUGAGGAAGGGAUGAGAGACAGGGAACUCUCCAGAACCAAAGCAGUGUGCUAUCUUUGACAGACAGGGGUGAGACGAGAGAACAAGGGAGGUAUACAGGUGGCUUGACAUACAUUUUGUCGGGGAAAACUGUGGUAAACAACUCAGGACUGAACCUGAGGAAGCCAAAUGGGGUACAAGCACUGAACCAUUACGAACUUACAACAAGGAAUAUUAAAACAUACUACAGAAGAACCAGCUGUGAAAUAACAGACUACCACAUCUACCUGUUUUUUGUUUUAUAAAGUUGAAAAACAGCUGAGGAGAGGUACCAACUCCACCCUGGAACUGAGUUCUUUAAACCAAUGUGCUUUCAGGGGCACCUUCUUCCCACUACUUUUGGUCUGUAGUGGUAGCAGCUACCACAGUCUUUGAAGAAGAUGGGUUUGCUGUGGCAGUGGGAAUAACUUGUUUUAAGAUUCCAAAAACUAUUGAGACUAGAAAUAUAGCAACUAUAAAGCAACUAAUGUCUUUUGCAGCAGAAAGCAUCCAGACUGACAGGCCCCAGUUCUUGAAUCUUCAUAGCUGGUCAGGUGGUUGUCUAGGAAAAAUGACAACACAACUAUGAAAUACAGGCAACCAAACACCACGUGGUGGGAAAAAGGGUCAGGGUUUUCAUCCUCCCUUGCAACGCUUUCAGUCUGAUGCAACUGCAUAAUUGGCGGGGUUCUUUUGGGGAUUUAAAGGGACAAUUUCCAACUCAGUUUCCUCUCUUGUGGAAGUGUAUGGUUUCACCCACUUCUUGGGCAUCCACUUUACUUCUGAGAAUGUGGACAGACAUGUGUAUCCAUGGCCCCAUGUCACUAAUUUAAAGGGACCCUGGAUGUCUUUAGAGUCUGGAUCUCUCACCAUAGCAGGAGGUCUUUCCUUGACUGGCAGUUGUUGGUAAUGGUAAAAAUGCCUCAGGACUGGUGGGUUUGGGUUGUCAAAGGAGCAGUUAAGAAAGUUGAUAGUAAACAAAGCUUUGUACAAUCUGUGCUGCGGUGACAAGACCUGGAAAUCUCCUCUCUGGUGGGUUGUAUUGUGUUUUUACAUUUCUGUAACAGUUCUGUAAUGGUUUGCCCUUCCACCCCCAUUUUCUCCCAAUGGUUCCACCCCGAGUUUUCCCGUUGUUCCCUCAGUGCCAAUCUCCCUGAAAAUGCUUAGUCACUUCCCCCUCCCCUCUCUGGUACCCACUCGGCUCCCCAUCCCAUUCUUCCUGAAUUUUCUACCCUGGGCGUUGAGGGAUUGGAUGAGGGUCCGAGUUCCCUCCCUUAAGUUUCCCCAUUGGUUUUUGUAUCUGUCUAUCCUUUCACCUUCCCCUCCCCCACAUCCCCAUAUUGGCCAAUGGGCAUUCCCUUCCCCUGGUUUUUAAGAUGUUGCACCGCGGUAUUUAAGAUGUUGCAGAAGCCUCGAGGCCACUUUUGGCUGCUGGAUUCUCUGUAGCUCCGAGCUCCCCAGAGCCUGGAUUAAAACCGAAACUGUUUUCUUUGCCUUAAGUCAACUCCCUUAUUAUCUGCUCAGAUGCCCCUUUCCUCCAAACAAGGCAGAUAGUGUAACUUUCUGCCUUAGCCGCUCCCCAACUCUCCUGGAGAACCAGGGGAGUGACCCCCACACCUGACUGUGCCUCUGCAGGGCAGCAGAAGCCAGGGGGCUUCAGAUCAGCAGAGCGGCAGCAGGUGAGGACUUUUUUGAGCAUUUGAUGGGUCCUCUCACAGCUUGGCUGGUGGGGGAGUGUGGUCCGAUGUUGAACUCCCCAUUCCUGCAAAAACUCGCCGAACCUCUUGGAUGUAUAGCCUGGGCCAUUAUCUAUUUUGAUGGUUUUGGAGACUCCCAAGGUUUCAAAGGCCUGCACAAAAUGUUUCUGUGCAUCUGAGACCUUUUCCCCUGCAUGGGCCGAGACAAAAACUCUUCCCAAGAAGGUGUCCACUGAUACAUGUAUGUAUUUCAGCCGCCUGAAUUCAGGCACAUGGGUCAUGUCAGUUUGCCAGACCUCACAACUGGGGAGUCCUCUUGGGUUUACUCCUGAACCCAUUGAUGGUAAGGAGGACUCCUGACAGUUUGGGCAUGUGACCACAAUCACCUUGGCCUGAUCAUGCCUCAGGUAGAAUUGGUGGAUCAGACCAGGAACGUUUUGAUAGAAUUGCUGAUGGCUAAGCUUGGCCUGUUGGAAGAUGUUAGGUUGGCUGGCCAGCUGCAAAGAGGCAGCUAGGGCGUCUGCUAGAUGUUCUCUUCGUCUGCUAGAUUGUUCUCUUCACUGAUGAACCCAGGGAGGUCAGUGUGUGACCUCACAUGCGUCACAAAAAAGGAUUGCUCUUGGUGGGAAACUAGAUAUACAAGCUUUGAGAGCAAGCCAAAGAUGACUGGAUUGGAGACUUCCUUCAAGACUGCAUGUUCUACUCUGGACACUACUCCUGCUGUGUAAGCUGAAUCGGUCGCAAUAUUAAUUGGUACUGGGAAUUUCUUAAAGACCCUUAUGACUGCAUCCAACUCAGCAACUUGAGGAGAGCCCUCUACAGUUUUAACAUCGGCUUCCCACUGCUGAGUUUGAGGAUUUUUCCAGGUCAUCACUGACUUGUGGGACACUCUGGACCCAUCAGUAAAGACUGUCAAGGCCUUUAAUGGGUGUCUACUUUGGAUUUCUUUUGGAAUCAAAUUAAACUUGAUGUUAAACAAUUUGUGAGCUGAGUGAUGGAAAGAAAUUUGCCCUGGAUAACUGUCCAGAGCAAACUGCAAAUUCUCGUUUUUGUGGAGCAAGUGCUUCAAGGUCUCCUUGGUUAGUUUCCCAGUUGAUAUUUUGAUGGGGACAUGGAUACAUGUGAAGUUGUACCCUGCCAACAGUUGCAGACGGACUUUAGCCUUUAUGAUCAACUGAACCAUCAGCUCUAGUGGCUGCAUAAUGCUUUUGGACAACUGAUGACUGAGGAACACCCACUCUGUGAUUAGGAGGGGGUCCUUCUGGUCCGUGUCCCAUUGAAAAAUGAGCCUGUGAAGGUGUGGUAACUUACCUAAGAUAAUGUGGCAGAAGGGAAGGCCCUCACACCAACAGUGGGCUUGCCAGCCUGCCAGUGUGGAUUGCACCUUCUCGGAGCACUGUCCUCGCCUCCUGGGUCAAGGCCCUCAGAGAAUCUAACCCCUCUCCCCACCUCAACAAGUUGAAGAGGGGAGACAUAUCCUCCAUGGUGAGCCCCAGUCAGGGCCUGAUCUAGUUCAAAGACCCACACAACUGUUGGAGGUCCUGCAGGGUUUUUGCAUUGUCAUUUAUGAAAACCCUCUGGAGCUUGAUGGUCUGGUUGAAAAUUUCAAGCCCUAGAUACUUCCAAGGCAACAGCUUCUUCUCCCUUUGCAACUCCAAUCCAUCUGUUGCCAAGGCAGUGAUAGUGUCCUCAAGCACUCCUGCAAGCACAUGGUCAUUGGGGGCACAAACAAGAACAUCGUCCAUAUAGUGAUAUAUGAUGCAAUCUCGCUCUAGCAUGCACUGGGGACAGGACUCUGGCGACAUACCACUGGCAAAUGGUGGGAGAACAUUUGAGGCUCUGAGGCAAUACUCUCCAGUGGUAGCACUUCAUGAGAGCUUCUCUAUUGAUGGAGGGCACAGAGAAAGCAAAGUGAGGAGCAUCGGCUGGGUGAAGCCAUCUUUUAUAUUGAUGACAGCCAAUGAUCACUUUUGGGGGAGCAUUGAAAAGGACGGCAUCCCUAGUUGGAGAGACACCAUGUUCUCGAUUACAUCAUUGAUUUUUCUCAAAUCAUGGAGGAGACACCAUUUAUCCCUCCCUGGCUUUUUGAUGACAAAGACAGGGAAGUUCCAUGGGCUAUUGGCUUCAAUUAUGUGACCCUUGGCCAACUCCUCCUCAACAAUCUGAGUGAGCACACUUAAUUUCUGUUUGUUCAGUGGCCACCAUUCUACCCACACUGGUGUAUCUGUCAACCAAUUUAGUUUCUGGGCAGGGUGCUCCUCAGUGACUGCCACUAAAAAUCCUGAGUGUCUGGAAGUUCCAAUUUUCCCCCCCAUUGAGACAUGGCAUCUCUCCCCCAUAGGGUGAACUUGGAAUUCAACACAAUGGGUGUAUGGAGCCCAAUUGCCCAUUCAGUCCCUCAAUUUGUACAAUGCUACUGGAUCUUUUAGCUAAUUGGGUGCCCCCAACACCUAGAACUUUGCUGGGCACGCUUUGUAGCUCCCAUUGUGACAGCCAUUUUUGUGGAGAAAUGACCAUCAUGUCUGCCCCCAUGUCCAUCAUCCCUCGUAACUGGAUGGAAUGCCUCCCACUUUUAAGGUCACACCAUACAAGGGGCUUGUCCUCUCCCAGCACUUCGGUAAAAUAAAUGGAAAGGUUCAGGUCAUUGCUGAUUGCAUAGGGCACUGGAAUGGCCUGCGCAAUGCCUUGGCCCUCCAGCAGGAAGAGGAGGGGAUGGACACAGCGUGCCAUGAGACUGAAGUUCUCGGGAUCAAGUGACGGGAUCCCUGGGGCGAUUUCAAUCUUAAGGGGAGUGUGCCUGGUGUCCCCAGCAGCAAGGUACUUGCAGUUUAAAGAUGGGGAGUGCUUAUAAGUCUCCACCUGAUAGAUGUGAGGGAGAAGUCCAGGUGCAGCAGUGACUACUUGCCAGGCCUGAUCAGGAAAGAAAACAGGAUUAGUUAGUCUCAGCCAGUAAGGUUUUCUUCUAUCUGGGGUUAUUACUUGAGCGCUGGCACUAUUGUCAGCGACCCUCCCCCCACCCCGCCCAUGGGCUGCCCUAUUUUUAUUGAUGCACAGGGCAGACGCACACUCUGUAUUUAGUUUUUUGUGUCUGGGAAGCUUCCCCGUCCCCUGCCCCUCCCCUCCCUGGAGGCACCCUUCCUUCGAAGAGGCAUUGACUUAUAAAAUGUCCUUGAUGGCAGUGGAAGCAUCUCCUCCUAGGUGGUUGAUUCCCUCAGGUAGAGGCUGCUGGAGCUGCUGUCUGUUCCCACAAGGCUGGUUUCCUUGGGGUGUCUUCUACAGUGUUUUCCCGCAAGGCUGGUUUCCUUGGGGUGUCUUCUACAGUGUUUAUGGCUUUCUUGGUACACUUCUCUAUAAGCUGGUCUAGGGUGCAAGUUGGAGUUGAAGGGAGUGACAGGAUGACUUUUCUACAAGCUUCGUUUGCAUUGCUGGAGACUAUUUCUAGUAUGAACUGUUCUUGUAUCUCUAGGUUUUUUACUCUCUUUUCUACAGGAGCACAAACCCAUUCAACAAAGUCCAUAAAUGCCUCUGAAAAAAAGACUGCUUAAUAAAAAUACAGGGUUGGAUUGGUUCUUUGGAUGGCAUGGUCAAGAAAGCUUUCUCUGCAGCAUCUUUAACUUGAUCUAGAACUAUUUUUGGAAUUCUCCCCAGCCUAUUUCCGCACCUGCUACCAGUCACCCUCACUGACCAGAUGAUAAAAGGUGAUAUCAUUCUCAUCUCAAUCAGUGGAACAUUCAGAAUUCUGCAAAAUCUGUGGAAGAAGGUCUCCCACUAAUCUUUUCCACGUUCACUCCCAUAAUUUAUAUUCGGAUGAUGUGAUCAAGCAAUUAAAAAGCCUUUUUAAAUCUGCAGGAACCAGCAUGUAUGAAGUAAAUAUUGCUUUUAAAAGAUUCCUAAAAACUCGC